CUCAAAAAAGAUUUUCAAAGUAAAAAAAUACGCACAGCGAAGCGCACACGUCGCUCUCCCGGCUGCGCUGCGACGAAAGCGUCCAAGAACUGUUCCCGACCAAUUGCUGCUUGUGUGUGUGUGUUUUUUUUGGUGGCCCCAGUGCAAGCUCGACACAGUGAAACAGCGUUGAAAGUGGUGCAAAGUGCAAUAUCGAGAAAAAUUAAUCUAGAAAAAAACGAACUUAAAACAAGAUGCUAACGAGCUCUUGCUAAGGAAAGCGUUCGGUUCGCUGUUGCACCGUUUGUAGGCGUUUUUUUGCUUAGUGUGUGUGUGUGUGUGAAGAUGCAGGGAAUGUUGCCGUGCAUCUUGGUUUUUGUACAUAAUAAGAAGGAAAAUGUGUAAUUCACCUAUUAUCCAAUAAGAAAAAGCGUUAAAAAUCAUCCUUCUUAAGAGGUCCCCACCUCCAGUAAGAACGGACAAGUGUAUGUGGGUCGCGUGUCCCCCCCUGAUCAUCAACGGCAGCAGCAGCAUCGCCGUCAUCAUCAGCAUAAUGCACAUUCCAGGGUAAUUAUGCGAAGGAAAAGCCCCCGCUCGGAGCUCUCGAACGCAGCGCGCAACGGAUCGGUCGUGGAAGUGCCAGCACGAUGAUGGGGUAAACAACAGUUCACACAACAACCCUCGGUGCCCCGUUUACGCAAAUAAAGCUGUCCCGUGGAAUGUCUCUGUGCGGGAAAAGAGAGUGAGAGAGAAAGAGGCCACUGUGAAUGGGAAAGAGGCAAGAGGUGUUUUCCAUGCCUAUGCAAUAAGAAUCAAUACACAAGACGGGACGGGGGCGUGCAAGAAAGAGGGAAUGAUUAAAUGUGCAAUAAAGUGAUAGGAGAUAACUAAAUAAAAAACGGGGCAAAGCAAUGCAAGCAAAGCCUACUCGAGGUGGCCCUUUAACCAUCUAAGCUGUCUGUGUUUGUGUGUGUGUGUGUAGGUGGGCCUGGGAAGUGUUUCCCACUGUGAAGGUCGCCUUUCAAGUGUGUGUGUUAGUGUGUGUCUUGAAAAAACAAGGAGGCUGUGUCCGAAAGUACACACCAAAAAAAAGGUGAAUCCUUAGUUUUUGGAAAGGGUCAAAGAAGAAGAAGCAGAAACCCCAAAAAAGCCUUUUGAGUGUUCUGUUCCGAAGAAUUUCCAAGUGUCCUCGCUAGUUAUGCACGUCUAGAGUGCGUUCUGCGUGUGUUGGUGGUGGUGGUGGUGAUAGGAAAAGCAACACAGCACAAAAAAGGGAUCGGAAAAGAAGUGCCGUGUGCCGUGUACGUCCGUUGUGUGUGCGUGAAAGGCCGGAGAAAGGAAGGGUACGGGCCGCAACAUGGACGAACGGUUGCUGAACGAUCUGCUGGAAUGUUCCGUCUGUCUGGAACGGUUGGAUUCCUCCUCGAAGGUGCUGCCCUGCCAGCACACCUUCUGCCGGAAGUGUCUCGAGGAAAUCGUUGCCAGCCACCAAGAACUACGAUGUCCCGAGUGUCGCGUCCUGGUCGAGGUGCGAAUCGACGAGCUGCCCCCGAAUGUCCUGCUGAUGCGAAUACUGGAAGGCAUGAAGACGGCGGAACUGAACAGCCAGAACACGAGCCAGACGACCAACGGCAGCGGCAAACCCACGUGCAAUCGCAAUCAAUCACAUGGCGCCGCACCAACGUCGAACGCAAAUGCGGUCAACUAUCAGCAGCAGCAGCAGCAGCACCAUCAACACCACCACCAGCAGCAACAUCCAUCAUCGGGGGGCGUGCAUGGUGCUAAAAUAGGCAAAUCGUCCAACGGGCAGGGUACGGCCGACGGCCAAUUGCAGCAACACCCGCACCAUCCAUCGCAUCCGCAGCAGCAGCAGCAUCAUCAACAUCCGCAUCAGCCACUGUCGCGUAUUAUUGCGUCGAGCGGCGUCACUGGCACGGGCCCGAAUGCAUCGCUCGAUCUGUCGAAAAUCCCACACGCCAAAGCGUUUUACGAUUUUUCCUCCAGCGAGACAAGCGAUAUAAGCUUCCGCAAGGGUGACAUUAUUAUACUGCGGAAGAAAAUCGACCACAACUGGUGCGUGGGAGAGGUGAACGGGAAGGAGGGUGCGGUGCCGCUGAACCACAUCAAGGUGAUCGUGCCGCUGCCGUUCCCGCAGUGCAAGGCGCUGUACGAUUUUCGCAUGGGCCCGACCGAGGAGGAGGGCUGCCUGACGUUCAAGAAGGGCGCCCUGAUACACGUGCUGCGGCGCGUCGACCAGAACUGGGCGGAGGGCCGAAUCGGGGACAAGAUUGGCAUCUUUCCGAUCUCGUUCGUCGAGAUGAACGGGCUGGCGAAGCAUAUGAUGGACACGGCACUGAAGCACAUAUUGAACAACUCGAAUCGAACCGUACCACCGACACCGUUCGAUCUAAAUGCCAGUAGUGCCACCAGCAGCAGCGACACGAGCUCCAGCGUAACGACCAGCCCCAACUCUUCCACCAGCACGACCAGCUCCAACUCGAGCACCGCGCCCAGCAGCCCGACGGCUCACUUCCUGCAGCAGCAGUCGCAGCCCGCCGCGGCGGCCGGCAGCAAGCAGCACCAGUCGAAGCGCUCCGAUCCGGCCAAUCGGGAAAAGCGUCACUCCCUCACCACGUCCGGGCUGUCGACGACGGCGACCGGUGGACCGUUGCAGCCGAGCCAGGCCGCACCGCACCGACAUUCGACGGAAAUGUUAAACACCGAAGCUGCUGCUGCUGCCGGAGAUACAAAACCUACCCGCCAAUCGAUUGAUGCGACGACGGCGGCUGCGGCAGCGCCAACGACGUCCUCGGCCACUGCCACGGCCUACCAGAAGUGUAACGCGACAAAAGCUAGUCAAAUGUACCAGCAGCAUCCGCAGCUGCCGACGAUGUACGUUGCGCUCUACCCGUACAAGCCGCAGAAACCGGACGAGCUCGAGCUGAAGAAAGGAGCCGUCUACUAUGUCACGGAACGGUGCCAGGAUGGUUGGUUUAAGGGUACAAACUGGCAGAAGAAGUCGGGCGUUUUCCCCGGCAAUUAUGUUGCCAUCCACAAAGGACGUGAUGGUGCUUCGUCUGCAACGCGCAACGCGAAUGCCCACUCCUCCGGCAAGACGAGCAACAUCUCCAGCCCGCAGCAGGCAGCCGGUGGUGGUGCAUCGUCCGCCCUGAACGGUUCCAACGGUGCCAUGAGCAGUCCAUCCAACGGUGGAUCGGCCUCUCCCCAACAACCGCUGCAGCUGCCCGAGCUGCCGCCACGUAAUACAACAAUCCCACAGCAGCAGCAGCAGGGCAUGAAGUAUAUUGAUUCCAUCUUCGGUCGUCAAGGUUCGCUGGACGGUGGUGGCCCGGGUUCACCCAAUAACGAACAGCAGCAACCGGCUGCAGGGCAGGAGGCCACCACGACACCGCCGGCAGCGGGCGGCGGAAAGGUAAAGAAGGACUCGUCGGCGGUCAGUUUGAUGAAGCGGCUGACCAACAUGAAGCGUUCGAAAUCGCCUACCGGUGGCUGUUCGGGCGGUACGGCCAAUCCGGCGUACACGAGCGACAGCUCGCUGUUCGAAGAGAUGGCCGGGGCGGCGGAUGCGGCAAUGCUCGCGUCCGGCGUUGGCUCAGCAGCACAGCUGGCCAAGCCACACUUUAAACAGAUCGCCAAUCCAGUGCACGUGAGGUCGGGCUCCUGUCCAAGUCAGCUGCUUCAGAAUUUACCGAUGGAUUUGAUGUUGAAUGGGGCGGGUGUAACACACUCUUCCCAGCAGCAGCAGCAGCAGCAGCAGCAGCAUCCCCAUCAACAGCAACAACAUCAUCAUCAACAGAAUCAUCCCGCUCUGGCAGGAGUGCGCGGUGAAAACGUUCCAAUGAUGUAUGGUUCCCAGCGUAUAAAACCGCACAAAGAGCGACCAUCGAUGCACGGGUUCAAAUAUGGCGAUCAUACCGUGGUGACGGCCAUGCCCAAACACAUCGCGCAUGAAGCGCCCGCCUCAACGUCCUCCUCCCAUAUGGUCGCGAAGCAGCAGCAACAGUCCCACAUCUACCACCGGAAGUCCCAAAGCCUGGACGCGUCCGCAAUCAUCUCGCAGCUCGGCCCAUCGCAGCACACGUCCGCCACUGCAAACGUGGUCCCAACAGUGGCCGCUAAUGGAACACCUUCCAAAACAUCCUCCAAGUCGUCCCAUUCGCAAACCGUUCGGGAGAGAUUCAAAUGCAUCGUGCCGUACCCACCGAACAGUGAGUACGAGCUGGAGCUGCGCGUCGGCGACAUUGUGAUGGUGCACAAAAAGCGUGAUAACGGAUGGUACAAAGGAACGCACGCGCGGUCGGGCAAGACGGGCCUAUUCCCAGCGUCGUUCGUCGAGCCGGACAUCUGAUACGGUGCGGACAAGCACUACGGUGCCGUCCGGCAAGUACAACAGCAGCAACUGUGGAACAACUAAAGUGCAACACAUGUACCUUCGAGGAUGGUUCGAGAAACCCCCUGAAUUGCUUUUCCUGAACUUUCCUUUCGGACCCGUUGGUUUGGUGAAAUGAAAAUGGUUGAAUUAUAUUUAGGUGCUUGUUUGCUGAGAGAAUUGUCCGGACCACCUUAGAAAAGAUGAUAUUGUCGAUCGCGAAAUGAAACAAAGAACUGAGUUGAGUGUGAGCGAAGCGCAUAUUCCAGUACGCGGUACUCUCUACGCAAUAGUAGCAUUUAAUAGAACAGUAUUGUGUUAUACUUAUACACCGGUCGUCGGUUACGAUCUUCCAAUGAACUCCUCAUAUAUGCAUGACUGUUACAUUUUACUGUUGAUCGGUGCGUGAAGAUCGGUUAGUCUAAAAUCGUUUGAUAUCUUGAUGGUAAAUUGAAUCUCUCUCUCUCUCUCCGCCCCUUUCUUUAUGCUAAACUAAACUCCCGUCAUGACCCAGCGAUCGGCGAUAUAAUAGGUGCUUUUUUUACAUUCGUUUCCCUCCCAUCCAAUGCAAUUUUUAUGUGUGAGUAAUUUCUUUCGACGGUGCUGAGAUGUUUUACAAUUAGUUUUUCAUAGUUUUUCACGCUAGGUGUAAGCAAAUUUAAAGAUUAUUUACGCUAUAUUAUUAGUUCGCCAUACAUCUUAAACGAGACUUUAUUGUUUCUGUUAACAAACAAAAAAACUUUAAUCCGUAUACUAUUAUGCUAACAAUUUUAACUGAAUAGUUUUAUCUCUUUUUUUAAAUUGCAUAUUGCAGCGGGAAGGUGGUGCAGAAUCACCCUGUGUUUCUUUUAGCUAUUAAAUACUCAGCUCAAUAUACUAUCAAACAGGCAUGAUGCGGUAAUAUCUAUCAAAUAGAUUGUAAUCGCUUUCGGCAAAACGCAACAGCCAUGGGCGCAAAGAAAGGGAUAAUUGUACAGAUUUAUUAGGAGGAAAAAACAAACAAACAAAAAAGGAUACCUUUAUUUCGGCAACUUUCCCCGUACUCUAAAACACUAUCGACAACUACUUCUUGUUCGUUAUCUGUGAAAGUGUGUGAUUGAAUUUUAGCAUAUUUUAAAUUGUACAAAAAGCAGGAGCAAAAUCCAACAACAAAAGAUACUAAAAACUGUUUUCUCGCAUGAGAGUGGUGGGGGAUGAGAUAGAGGACAAAAGUAAAACACCCCAAAAUAGUUUGAUAUGUUUGUGCGCUGUGCUGGAAAAUGCAAACAAGCUCAGUUUAGGCGUAAAAAAAGCGAAAUAAGGCACGGAAUUACGGUUAAAAAUUACGUGCAGCUGAAGGGAGCAGCAUAAAAGAACACUGUUAGGAAAAUUGUAUAUGUGUGUAGUGUUUGGGUACUACCUUUGUUAUGUUGAAACAAAACGUAAAGGAAAAUGAACGCUGGUGUCUAAUACUAUUGAUGAGGAAUAGAAGCAGAAGAAGAAGAAGAAGAAAUCACGCACAUAUAUUUAGUUUAGCAAACUCUACUAGCCAUAGUGUUGAGGGAAGAAUCUUCGAUAAAAAUGGAAGGCGUCGCAAGCACAAAUACUGGAUACGGAUUUAUAACAACAACAGAGGAUGACAGACACUAGUCUAAAAAAAAAACAAAUCGAGCAAAUCGUUACAUGUUGAUGUUACUGAUUAGAUAACUUACAUCUCACGUCGUUUUCGAUCAUUUUGAUAGAGACAAAUGAAUGUCUGUGUGCGUGCGUGUGUGUGUGUCUGUGAGAGAGUGCAGCGUUCCUUCGCCAUGUAAUACAGGUUAAAAAAGAAACAGAGAUAGAGAUCUUAUCUUAGAACACCAAAAUUCGUCACAAUUUUGGACAAAAACAACUCACAACCAACUCCAUCCAUCCCGUCGUUUAAUGCGGCCAUUUAUAUAGGUACUGACUGUGCAUGAUUGGCGGUAGAAAAGGAAGCGGUGAGAGAUAGUAGCAAUGUAAACGAUAUUGGACUGAUUUUGUUUCUUUAAGGAAAUGGAAAAGAGAGAAAAAAUAAGCGCCUCCCAAUGUGUUUAGUCCUAUGGCACACUUACAGCGAUGGCGGGUUGUGUGUGUGUGUAAGUGUGUACCUAAAUUAGACAGAUUCGUAACACCCGCUACGUACUAUUUGUCAGUGGAAUAUACAAGGUAUAGCUAAUAGAUCUGAUCGACAAAUGCGCAAUAGAAAAAUGAUUCGAGAGACUAAAGGGUAUCGUUUGUAUCUGUAUCUGUCUGUCUGUGUCCAAUCUGUGUGUAUGUAUGUGUGUGUACGUGUGCAUGUAUUUUCUUGGACAGAACAAAACAUACCACAGAGUAUUAGUGUGGUAAUUUAGGUGAAAUAAAACGAGCAACAAAUUCGAAAAUAAGGGUAGAA